UAUUCAUAGUUAAUAAUACAAAUUAAAGUGAACAAUUUUUACCUUGUCUUUGAGCUGAGUAGUGCUCUUAUGUUGUCAGCUCGUUCAGUCUACUAGCCAACUUUUGUAGUUUUGUGCACCAAAAUCCUAAAAUUUGCUUCUUCACAUUGAGACCCAAUUUUCAAUGCUGCAUAACCCGUACCCAGAACCCCCUUCUUUGUUCUCACAUGGCCACCCUCUGUCGAAUUCCCGCUUUCCAUAAGCUCACUUUAUCGCCUCUCCCCUCUCGCCACACUGCUCACUCUCAUUACCCCAACAUUCCCAAUUCCCAAACUUCAAUUUUUGCUUCUAUCAACAAACCCAGGGUUAGAAAGCCGGUGAAGAGCAAUGCUGAUCUCUGCAAUGAUAUCAGGGAGUUUUUAUCUAUGGCUGGACUUCCUCAGUAUCACGUGCCUACCACAAAGGAGCUAACACAACAUGGAAGGCAAGAUCUUGCAAACAUUGUUAGAAGAAGAGGAUACAAAUUUAUUAGAGAGCUUCUAAACAGUGAGGAAGGUUUAGGUCAGGAUGAGAAAAUGAAAAACUUAGUUGAUGAUGUAUCCUCAUUUAGCAAAGCUUUUGUCAUGGAUGGUGGUCUCAAUAGUGGAAAGGAUGAUGGGGAGUUCAACUCUCAUAGACAAACUUACAUUGCUGAAGAAUCUUCAAUUUAUCCAUCCUUGCUGGAAAAGGCAUCCAAUUUUAUUCAGAAUGGGGAACUGGAUAGUAUUGAGGAUAGUGGCUUUGAAUUUUUGAACCAAAGAAAUUUCAAGGAUGUUGAUGGAUCUGAUGGGCCACAGAAUGCUGAGGAACUGCGACCCUCUACUCACAAGGAGCAGAAAGAACUUGUACUUAAUCAUUUUGAUGGCUCUCAGAUAUCAAAUGGAAAGAUUUUGUCAUCAACACAACAGCUUGACCAUGCAGUCCGGGAGAUUAGCUUAUUGAAGAAUGACUAUGCUCCAGCUGAAGAAGCAACAAGUUCUGAAGACAAGGGUCUACUUGUUAAGACCCAAAAAGAAGAGAACCAAGCUGAUAUUAAUCAUCUCAAGUUCAUGCUGCAUCAGAAGGAGCUGGAACUGACCCGUUUGAAGCAACAAAUUGAAGAGGAAAAGCGCACUUUGUCUGCUCUACAAGCUAAAGCAGAAGCUGAGAUAAGGAAGGCACAGAAACUUAUUUCUGAAAAAGAUGCAGAACUAAAUGCUGCUGAAGAAAGCCUUUCAGGGCUAAAGGAGGUUGAAAUCCAAUAUGAAGUUGAAGGUGAAAGUGUGGAGGUAGCUGGAAGCUUCAACGGUUGGCAUCAUAAAAUAAAGAUGGAUCCACAACUACAAGCAUCAAGUAUCAUAGAUCCCUCUGGUGUAAGGAAAUGUCAACAUUGGAGAACUGUCUUGUGGCUUUAUCCUGGGAUAUAUGAGAUAAAAUUUGUUGUCGAUGGCCAUUGGAGAACUGAUCCGGACAGGGAAUUAGUUACAAGGGGUGCCAUAGAAAACAACGUACUACGAGUUGAGAGAUGAGAUGUGCUGUUGCUAAGAACACGUCUCAGUCAUGAGCUGAUAGAAGGCUGCACUGCGAAAGGUUGAUCGCAGAUGGGGUGAAAGACUUUUCCAGGAUCAAACUGCUCGUGUUUUACCAGAUGGCUGUGCUGCAACGGAAACAACCCAGAUUGGGGAAUCAAUACAUAAAGCUCUCAUACAUACCCUUCAUUUAGACAUAUUGUGUAGCUAAAAACCUGUAAAUUGAGUCAAUGGCUACCUGUGCAACUCAAAAAUAUAAAGGUUACCCAUUUAGAUUACUGCUAGGAAUCUCAUACCAAUGAAUAGUUGAGUCUGCUGUAUUCUUUACACCAUUGUGCUGGAGACAGUGCAAUACUUGUAAAUUAUUGUUGCAUUUCUGCUUUGUCAACUAGAAAUUUCUUUAGUUGCAGAGCAAGUGUUUAGUACCUUUGGUUAAUUGACUGGAACAUAGCAUCUACCCUA